AUGAAGGCGGACUACAAGUUUUGCAGACCACCCAGAAUCCCGCUGGAGGCCAGUGAGCGGAGGCAUUUGUCCGGCACACUAACUCUGGCUGCUACUGUUAGUGUGCUUGGACUGAACCAGCCAAGAGGAGUUCGAGUUACAGGGCGACACCUGAUUUUAGACCCCGUAGUCUGUCUAUGA